CACUGGGACAAACUCACUCACACAACGUCACAACCCCCCAUUUUCAAUCUGAAUAUCCUAAAACCCUAAACCCUCUCCUGCUCCUUGAACCCUAAACCCCAACUGUAACUCCUCUAAACCAAACCCACUCAACUCUCCCAGUCAUCUCCAAAUUCCAAACCAUGUACUCAUCCAUUCUUUUUCUUCGAGAACGUUCGAGAACCUUCCAGAACCUUCUCUACACCCUCACCUUCGUCCGCUCCAUGGGCGGCGGACCUCGUACCUUCCCCGGCGGCCUCAACAAAUGGCAGUGGAAGAGACUCCAUGAGAAGAAAGCUAGAGAGAAAGAGAAAAAGCUUAUCGAUCAAGAGAAACAGCUCUACCAGGCCCGAGUUCGAUCCCAAAUCCGGGCUAAAGUCGCCGGACAAUCUGAUAACAACCCACGAUCGGAUCCAAACCCAUCGAACUACAGUCCCAUGACCUCCGAUGACCAUAUCAAAGCCCUAGCCGAUCGGUUCAUGAAGGAGGGAGCGGAAGAUUUGUGGAACGAAGCCGACGGACCGAUCAAAUCUCCACCGUCGAAUCAAAAUAACCGAUCAGUUGGGCCGCCAGUUGAUUUGAGGAAGCCAAUUUCGGAUAGAAGACCGCCAGUUGAUUUGAGGAAGCUAAUUUCGGAUAGAAGGAAUUUAACGGAUGGUGAAAAAAUUGUGAAUUCGACAAAUUUCAAUAAUUCUUCAAGGCCUAGGCAUUAUUCUGUUGAUACUCGGAGCCGAACAAGGUCGAGGUUCAAUUUUCGGAGAAAUGAGAGUUCCAGCGAGGAUGAUUUGUCGGAUGAUGAUAAUGAUGAUGAGGAGGAGGAGGAAAUGGGUGGCAGGGAUAAUGUGAAGCAGAGGAUGAGUAGUGCUGCAUUGGGGAAGUAUGAUUCGAUCAAAAAAAGGCGAGUGCCAUUGAAGUUCUUAGAAGAGGAGGUGGAUUUCUCGCAGCAAGUUGUCGCGAUUAGGCAUGAGCUUAACAAGAGGAAAUUUAAUCAAAAUGUGGUGGAAAAAAGUGAAGAGGAAACAAUUCUUAGUCAAAAAAGAUUUGAGGAUUGUAAUAUAUCUCCAUUGACAGUCAAAGCACUUACUGAAGCUGGCUAUGUGCAAAUGACCGUGGUACAAGAGGCUACACUUUCUGCUUGCCUUGAUGGUAAGGAUGCUUUGGUCAAAGCUAGAACUGGCACAGGCAAAACUGCUGCUUUUUUGCUUCCUGCAAUUGAAACAGUUCUGAAGCCUUCAAAUAGCAACAGAGUUCGACGUGUGCAACCAAUAUAUGUUCUUGUUCUCUGCCCCACUAGAGAACUUGCAAGUCAGAUAGCCGCAGAAGCAAAUGUUAUGCUAAAGUAUCAUGAUGGAAUUGGUGUCCAGACACUAGUUGGAGGUACACGAUUCAAGGUCGAUCAGAAGCGCCUGGAAUCAGACCCAUGCCAGAUUAUAGUUGCAACGCCUGGUAGAUUGUUGGAUCACAUUGAGAACAAGUCUGGCUUCUCUGCACGUUUGAUGGGAUUGAAAAUGCUUAUACUUGAUGAAGCAGAUCACUUGCUAGAUCUGGGAUUUCGGAAGGACAUGGAGAAAAUUGUUGAUUGUGUUCCCCGUCAGCGGCAGUCCUUGUUACUUUCUGCUACAAUUCCAAAGGAGGUUCGCCGAAUAUCUCAGCUUGUAUUGAAGAAGGAACAUACCUAUAUUGAUACAGUGGGGUUGGGUGGUUUGGAAACUCAUACUAAGGUUAAGCAGUCUUAUCUUGUUGCACCACAUGAACUGCAUUUUCAAACAGUGCAUCAUCUUUUAAAGGAGCAUAUUUCACAAGUGCUUGAUUACAAGGUUAUUGUUUUCUGUACGACUGCAACAGUGACGUCUCUCAUAUUUCUCCUUCUCAAGGAGAUGAAAAUGAAUGUCAGGGAGAUACAUUCUAGAAAACCUCAACUAUAUCGUACUCGUAUUUCUGAUGAAUUCAGGGAAUCAAAACGAUUGAUUCUUAUUUCAUCUGACGUUUCAGCUCGUGGAAUGAAUUAUCCUGAUGUAACUUUGGUCAUUCAGGUGGGUAUUCCCUCUGAUCGUGAACAUUAUAUACAUCGUCUUGGAAGGACUGGACGGGAAGGCAAAGACGGGGAAGGCAUCUUGUUGCUUGCACCAUGGGAAGAAUAUUUCAUGGAUGAAAUACAAGGACUCCCUUUAGAGAGAUUACCUAAACCACAUUUAGAUCCUGACAUGGACGCAAAGAUGGGGGAUUCGUUGUCAAAGAUUGAUAGCAGUGUCAAAGAAGCAGCUUAUCAUGCUUGGCUUGGCUACUACAACUCGAUCGGGGAAAUUGGCAGAGACAAAACCACACUUGUUGAGCUGGCCAAUCGAUUUGCCGAGUCAAUUGGUUUACAAAAACCUCCUGCACUAUUCAGAAAGACGGCGCUGAAAAUGGGCUUGAAAGAUAUUCCUGGCAUUCGGAUCCGAAAAUAGCACUGGUUUUGAAUGUCACUUUUUUGUAGAAGAUAUGUCUUGUGCAAUGCUCACAUUUGAAGGGUGGCUGGUUUUCAGAAAUUUCAA